UUGGCACCAGCUUGUCACCAGCUGUCGAUUUCUCAGUGACAUUUAUAUCCAACCAGAAUGAUACCGCAAUGCUGUCGACCUUCAAAAUUCACGCCAGUCACUCAUGUGAUCUUCGAUUUGGAUGGUACCAUACUAGACACUGAAGGCAUUUACCACUCGGCAAUAUCGGAAAUCGGUGCUAAAUAUGGAAAAACUUACACCAGCGAAAUGAAAACUAAGGUAGCUGGUUCAGUCGAAACAGAUACAGCCAAAACUGCAGUGAGGGAGAUGGGUUUACCCAUUUCUUGGGAGGAAUUCCUGCAGGUUUUCAAGGACUUGUGCAGAGCUAAGCUACCUGAUGCAGGGUUCAUGCCAGGUGCUGAGCAGUUAAUAAGACACCUUCAUUCCCACCGCAUACCGAUAGCGAUCGCUACGUCAUCGCCUCAGGAAGAAAUGGAACUGAAAACGGCUAACAAACGUCAAAUAUUCGAUCUUUUCAACCACGUGGUCUGCGGUAGCUCCGAUCCCGAAGUGAAAAUGGGCAAACCUGCUCCAGACAUCUUUCUCGUUUGCGCAUCUAGAUUCCUUGACCAGCCGAAACCUUCGCAGUGCCUAGUCCUUGAAGACGCCAUCAAUGGGAUUAGGGGAGCUCUCAAGGCUGGGAUGCAAGCUAUCAUGAUACCAGAUGAAAUAGUCCCGUACGAGCUUUGGAAAGAGGCGACUUUAAGGCUGGACAGUUUGGAGUGUAUGGUCCCAGAGCUAUUUGGACUACCGCCUUUCAAGAAAGAAGCAGGGCUGCCACGAUCAACUGAAGAAAAAGAUGCCCAACGAGAACUGUCUUUCUCUCCGAAUGUAGAAUGACGUCAAAAACGAUGAUAGCUGAACAUGUCAAGCAAGGUUAGGAGAUAUAAAUACGUAUA